AUGAUUAAUACAACCAGAAUGAGCCUUCAUUUCAAAGUAUCCGCUGGACCUUCAUCUUCAUUGAUCACGACACCAAAAUUAAUAUUCGCCUCCUUCUUACUCAUCUACUUUAUCAUUGGAUUGCUGGUGAACGCUCUUUAUUUAUGGGUCACAACAUUCCGGAUGAAGCAAAACAUAAACACUGCUUGGCUUUUUCACCUGAUCAUCAGUAACCUGUUUUUUAUUCUCCUGCUGCCUUUCUUAUCAGUUUAUGUCCUCAUGGAACCUCACUGGCUCUUCGGAAUGUUCCUGUGUAAAGCUCUUUACUUUUUGCUAUCAGUUUGCCUUUAUGCAUCAGUUUUCCUUAUCACUUCCAUCAGUCUUAAUCGUUAUUUGCUGGUCUACUAUCCUCAUUGGUACAUAAGACGUGUCAGACUUUACCACAUUUCUGCUGUUUGUUUUGGCUUGUGGGGUCUGGCCUUCCUCUGUAGCUCUCCAUACCUUCUAGUUCGUGUAGCUAAACUGAAGGACAACAUCACAGUCUGCUACAAUGACUAUUCCCUCUCGGGUAAGUGGGAAAAUGCAGGAGGCCAAGUCAAAUGGGGGAUUUUCUUCUUUAGAAUCCUUGUGAGCUUUCUGCUUCCUGCUGCCGUCACUACAAUUUGUCACUUCAAAAUCCUCAUCAAGAUAAAGAGGGUCCAAAGAGGAAGCUCCACCAAACCUUACAAGGUCAUCUACCUCUUUACAACAUUUUUCUAUGCUUGCUGGACCAUACACCACAUUGCUGAUGCAAUGAGCAUGGAAAGAGGCCAGCUUAAUGACGGGGUCCUUCGUGCACUGAGAAUUGUCAGUGCUUGUGUGUUCAGCAGCAUCAGCCCAGUGUUUUACUUGUUCAUCACGCCUGAAUUUCAGAAAGAGUUUGGAAAGUGCAUGCGGCAGUUCAAUAAUAUAAUUUCCAGUAUCGCUGGGCUAAUAUAA